CAAGCAGCGGACGGACCUCAGCGGCUAGCAGCCGUCAUUAAUCCUCUCAGCAGUCACCGUGCCCUUCAGUAGCAUGAAAACCAUGUUGGCGAUCAUUUCUAACGCUCUGUGCAGGAUCACCGGGAAGAAUGCGGGAGCCCAAACGGUGUCGGAGCUGCUGGUUGACCUGUCAGAGUACGUCAAUCUAACGUCCCCACAGGCGGCGGCGCCAGCAGCCCCCACGGCCCGGCGGCUCCCACCUAAACCACCACCAGCCAGCGCUGCACACUUAGUUAGCACCCAGACGGGCCGGCCAGACGGACCAGGCGCCAGGGUCGUCGUCUCCCGCUCCUUAUCCGACUUCACUCCACAGGCGACGUUUGACAUCAAGAAAUGUGACCUGCACAGUCUGGAGGCGGGGCCUCCAGAGAAGGCGGAGCUGACGAGGGAGCAAGGCCUGCAGUAUUACCACACCAUGCAGAUGGUGAGACGCAUGGAGCUGAAAGCCGAUCAGCUCUACAAGCAGAAGAUCAUCCGAGGCUUCUGUCACCUCUACGAUGGACAGGAGGCGUGUGCUGCCGGCAUCGAGGCGGCCAUCAACCCCUCGGAUCAUCUGAUCACAGCUUACCGAGCUCAUGGUUACACCUACACCCGCGGCGUCUCCGUCAAAGAGAUCCUGGCUGAGCUCACAGGUCGCAAAGGGGGCGUGGCCAAAGGGAAGGGCGGCUCCAUGCACAUGUACGCCCCUCACUUCUAUGGGGGGAACGGCAUCGUGGGCGCGCAGGUGCCGCUGGGAGCCGGUAUCGCUCUGGCCUGUCAGUACCAAGGCAACAAUCAGAUCUGUGUCACGCUGUAUGGAGAUGGAGCAGCCAAUCAGGGUCAGCUCUUUGAGACGUUCAACAUGGCCGCUCUGUGGAAGCUGCCGUGCGUUUUCAUCUGUGAGAACAACAAGUACGGCAUGGGGACCUCGGUGGAGAGGGCCUCAGCCAGCACAGACUACUACAAGAGAGGAGACUUCAUCCCAGGCCUCAGGGUGGACGGGAUGGACGUGCUGUGUGUCAGAGAGGCAACAAAGUUUGCAGCAGAUCACUGCAGAGCUGGAAAGGGACCAAUCAUAAUGGAGCUCCAGACGUAUCGUUACCAUGGACACAGCAUGAGUGACCCUGGUGUGAGCUACCGGACCCGGGAGGAGAUCCAGGAGGUCCGCAGUAAGAGCGACCCCAUCUCCAUGCUGAAGGAGCGCAUGCUCGGCGCCAACAUGGCGUCUGUGGAGGAGUUUAAGGAAAUCGACAUCGAGAUCAGAAAGGAGGUGGAGGAGUCGGCUCAGUUUGCCACCUCUGACCCCGAGCCGCCACUGGAGGAGCUCUGUAACCACAUCUUCUCCAACAGUCCGCCGCUGGAAGUCCGCGGGACGAACCCUUGGUCCAAACUGAAGUCUGUCAGCUAAACCAGAGGGACUGAAACACCCUCUACCCUUCCUAUCUACAGAAGUAGAAUCCUUCCAGAACUAAAGCAGCCACCCUUCGGACUCCAGCAUGGGAACGGGCCUCUGGUAGUCCCUGAAACCUGCCAGUAUUUAUUUACAGCUGUAUUUAAUAGGAAUAUUUAUUUAAUGUGUGGUAGAAUUGCAGCUUUUUAUUUUUGAAGCACCUUCCUGUAAACCAGAAAUGAACCUGGAGUUGCUUCCUGUUUACCGUCUUAAAUCCUGCUGAAGAUCUAAAGAGCCAUGAAACCCUUCUGGGUUUCCUCAUCCUGCAGGAUUUAGGAACACAUUGAAAACGUUGCAUCACCAGCCAGCUGUUACUUUCAAACAGUUACCUGCUGCACGGUGGUGGCCGACCAUUCGAGAGUCAAGGGAGUUUAAUUCCUGCUGCCUGGAAAGCUGCAGCAAGUAGAGAAGAGUGAAUUUAAAGAGUCUAUGUUCCAUACUAAGACCUUCCAUCCAGCUCACAGCCUCAUGAGGUCAAUAAAUUGUUGUUUUUAGUUUUUUCAAGGAAUUCCAGAUCUCUUAACUACUGGAUGAGGCUCAGGUUAGUUAAAGCUUCAAAUCCUCUCAGAUUUGCUUUCUGACCAACU